AUGUCUGGAGAGGCGAUGGUGCCGCCCACUGGUGGCCUCAACGUGGCCCCCGGCGCCAAGGUGCACUUGACCCGCAGCGGCAGUGUGCUCUGGCGCGGCCUGCUGGCGCUGCAGCGGUACCGGCUGCUGCACCUCGGAAGGCACGUGGCAUUUUACACGCUGCUGCUGCUAAUGGGUGCCCUGCUCUUCCUCGUCUUCUGCGACCGUGUGGCCAGCGUCAGGACGCCCUUUCCACGAGCGCUGCCCCGAAUAGCCUUGGACCCUGAUGUGCUGCGGCAAGGAUACCUGCGCAACGUGACCGAAACGGCAGACCUUGCACAGGCGAUCAUCAACCUUGGGGCACGACAUCGCAUCAAGUUUGGGAAGGCAAAGAAGAGCAUUGGUGACUCCCUCAGCGCUGGAAACUUUACAGCACGCUUCGCCUUCGAACUGGGAACCCAGGCACUGGUCUCCUGGUACAACGUUCGCACCCGAAGGUCUGAGGCCGUGUCCCUGCUGCUGCUACAGAACGCCGUUCUGCAAUACGUAAGCGGCAACAGUGCGCAGCGCUUGGAGGCGGCAAUCGAGUUCCUGCCAGGCGGGGCUUCCGUGAGUCCCGUCAACGUGUUCACGUGGCUCUCGGAUGUCGAGCUGAAGCUGAGCGGCGCCACGUUCGUUCCCAUCUCGCUGGGCCUUUUCAGCGCCGCCGCCGCACUGUUUCCGGCCGUGGACCAGGCCGAUGGCGGUCGGCUGUUGCAGCGGCUCGCCGGGUUGCCGGGUGCUCUCUACUGGCUGUCCAACAUGUUCUGGGACUACGCGGUCCUAUACAUGCUGUACAUGCUGCUGCUGUCGCCCAUGGUGGUCAUCUGGGGAUUCGGCGACAGCGUCGAGUUCUGGGUUUCCGUGAUACUGCUGUUUGCAGCGUACGGGUGGGCAGCUAUACCGCUGUCCUACGUCUUGUCGCAGUGGUCGGGUCCUAGGCCUUCUAGAGCCUUCUCACUUGCGGUCGUCGUGAAGUGCGUCUUCGGUGUCCUGUCUGUGUUGUACGUGAUCAGGCUGCACUUGUCCUUCUACGUGGGGGAAGAAGAAUCACUGAGCAGGGAGCUUCUCGAGCUGAUCAGCACCAUCACCCGCAUGGUGCCCACUGUGUCGAUAUCGUGGGGACUAGGCCGAGCCAUGUGGCUGACGUCUCUGAAUGAACUCUGCCACAUGGACAACGACGCGGACUUCAUGCAGCGGUGCAGCGAUGACGCAGCAAGGCUGGGUUCAGCCCUUAACGAUGGGCGGAGGUCAGAUACUGCCUGCCACGGCAACGUGGGCCAACAGACCCCGGCCACCAGAGACUACGAGAGCCAGGCUGCAGCAACAGCAUCAAAAAGAAGAGAGUGUGGCACCCAAAUGUCAGGGAAAAAAGCAAUACUGGCUCAAUACCUGCGCACUCAGGAAGAGAAACAGCAGGUGAUACUCCUGCAAGAAACCAUAAUAGAGGACGUGCCUGUUAACGGAUACGAAGUCUCGGUUCGCAAAGCGGAGAAUGGAAGAGGUGGGGCCGUCGACGGCAUCCCCAACCUCAACGAAAUCGCUCACGCCCGGGAGCGAGGACUCACGUACCGCCCCGGCGCGUUGGGUCCUUCUCGACCGGGCCUCCCGCACCCCAACGGGGUCCAUCGCAUCGACGAGACUGACUUCUACACCUCCAUCACGAGCUCCGACCUUCUGAGCCAGCUACGGGCGAUCCAGGGGGCCUGCGAGGUGGCAGGGGAUUUUGGGCUCCCGGUCCCGACGUGGGUGACGCCUAAGGAGGGUCGCUAG